AUGGCAAUCCUUUCUCGUGUUUUGCACCAUAAUACAGAAAAAUUAAACGAAAAGCCAUCAUUAAAACAUACACUCAGUAGCAAUGGAUCGUUGAAUUCAUCUAAGAGUAAUGGAACACAUCACACAGUGACACUAUCAAUUGCAUUAGAAUCCCCACCUGUCAUAUUGUACGGUCCACCGCAAGACUCUAGUGGUUCAAUUAUCUCUGGUUUACUUAAAAUAGAUAUAAAGGAUACUAGGAGCCUGAAGAAUCUAGAAUUAUCACUGGUGUCUUCGCAUUCGUCAAUUACUUCAUCAUGUUCUCAUAGCGAUGAGGUGGAUAUAGAGAGCAUCACACUAUCCUUAAUCCAAACUGUGAGAUAUACUAAACCAUUUUUAAUUCCAUCGUCUUCGGUAGCGAGCUGCAAAGAUUGCUGCACCAAGAAGAAUGUGAUUGCAAAAUGGGACGUACUCAUUUCAAGAUCUUCAUUUUCUGUUGGAACUCAUGCUUAUCCGUUUUCACAUUUAUUGCCAGGGUCUUUACCAGCAUCUUCUAAAUUGGGAUCUACUUAUGCCAAUUCGUUUAUUAAAUAUAACUUAAUUGCUACAGCUAAGAGACCUAACAUUUUGAAAGAAGUAAAGGUAAUUUUACCUUUGAAUAUAGCAAGACUGAUUCUUAGGGGACCAGACCGUAAUUCAUUGAGGGUAUUUCCACCUACAGAGGCAACAGCGAGUGUAAUUUUACCUAAUGUGAUUUAUCCAAAAUCAAAUUUUACAUUACAGUUAAGAUUGGAUAAUAUUGUAAAUAUGAAUAAUGAUCGACGUUGGAGGAUGCGUAAAGUGGUUUGGAGAAUUGAAGAACAUACCAAGGUAAAGGCAACCACAUGCAAAAAGCAUGAACCUAAAUUGAAGCAAAUCGAGGAAUCACAACGUAAGACAGAAGAAACGAAGGAAAUCAGAUUGAAAAGUGUUCCAGGUGGUACACAUAACCCAAAUACCGCACACGGACCUAAUAAAGCAGCUAAUCUACAUCAUAGCACAAUUCAAACAAACAUGUUUAUCUCCACUUGCCCCAGCGCUCAGACUAAUAGUUCUUUGCAUGCUUCGAAUAACAUAGAAGGGAUCAAUGGAGCCCCCGUAGUCACAGAAGAAAAUGCACCAGUAGACGAAGAGAAUGAUCUUACAAACACUAAUGAAAAUUUGAUUGAGGAGUUUUUGUCGCCAGUCCAAAGCACAUCGAAUAACGAUAAUAAUGAAUUAUCCGCUUUACCAUCUGGUAUUGCACAUGGACAUAACCAGAAUAUGUUUCAAGAUAAUUAUCAAAAUAGCCGUCCAGAGUCUUUGGAAGAUACAGAGAGCUUAUAUUUAGACGAAAUCCGAACGACUACGUAUGGCGAAAUUAAAUCAGGAUGGAAAACAGAUUUUAGUGGCCGUGGAAACAUCGAAUUAGUAACCGAUAUUGAUGCGUUCGACUUUUCGACAGGAUUAAAUAGGCAUAUCACCAAAAGAUCCAGUGAUGAACCCAAGAUUGACGAGGCACAAGAGGGAUUACGGAAUGGUGCAAACAUAUCGUGUGACAUAGAUGAUCCGACAUUGGGAAUAUAUGUAAACCACACCUUAAUCGUCGAGGCAAUAGUGGCGGAAGAAGUAGUCCCACAUUCACCAGAUAAGAAAUCGAAUAAUAUUAAGCAUGUUUCUUCAUCUUUAAGUCCAGUAUCAUCCAAUUCCUCCGCUGGCAAACAGAAAAUGAAUUCUACACCAAAUAAACAAAAGAAAUCCCCGGGCGUGAGUCAGCCGGGAGUUGCAACUGGAGCUGCAAGGGUUUUAAGAAUGCAAUUUAAAGUAACUUUAACAGAACGCUCAGGUUUAGGUAUUGCAUGGGAUGACGAAGUACCUCCAACCUAUGAAGAUGUCAGAGCAUUCAGUCCACCUACAUAUGCCGAGACAUCUGCAUCCGCAACACCAGUGACCACCCCAGCAUCUACUGUGGCCACUCCUCAAUUGAAUGCCACCAGAUCGGUUUCUGCAGAAGGAUUGGGUGGAACACCUUCACAAGCAUUUUUUAACUUAGGAACUAGAUCAACUUCAAAUAGCUUAACCAUAGAUGGACUUGUCGAUCUUGAUGAAAGAAUACAGGAUCUUACGAUCUAG